UAUUUGACGUUUGUCAGUCGGCUGUCUUAAGUGCUAUAGUAGACACCUUUAAAUUUAAUUCUUGGAUAUAGUAUUCGUCGGCGAGAGCGACGCGAUUUUUAUAGUUGUUUUUCGUAUUUUAUAGACGUAACAAAAUGGUAUCAAAAGACGACCUCGAUAAAGAUCAAAUAGCCCUCUUAAAACGGGCAUUUGACGCAUUCGCCCAGGACAAAGGUCACAUAGAAACAAAUAUGGUGGGCACAAUCCUCCAAAUGCUGGGUCAUGAGGUGUCUGAAGAUAGAUUACAAGAAAUUAUAGCUGAAGUUGACGCAGACGGUUCUGGAGAAUUGGAAUUCGAAGAAUUUGUUGCGUUAGCAGCUGGAUUUUUAACAGAAGAUGAACCGGAAGAUGCAGAAGCCAUGCAAGCUGAAUUAAAAGAAGCUUUCAGAUUAUAUGACAAAGAAGGCAACGGUUAUAUAACUACAGAUGUCUUACGAGAGAUUCUAAAAGAAUUAGAUGAUAAAAUUACCAACGAAGAUUUGGACAUGAUGAUAGAAGAAAUCGAUUCAGACGGUUCUGGAACUGUGGAUUUUGAUGAAUUCAUGGAAGUAAUGACUGGCGGAGAUGACUAAACAUCAUAAAAUUAAUUAAUUUGAAUGUUGUGGUUUGUAUAUGUUUCGUUUUAAUAGACCGUUUGUUUGAAUUAAACACAUUUUGAGCUGAA